CAAAGUGGGUGUUUCAAAUACUCGUGUUGAAUGAAUGGAGGGCCCGACUUCUUGUGUGACCUGGAAGAGGUCACUUCUUUCUCCAGACCUUAGUUUCUUUCCUUGAAAGACAGCCAAUGGGAAUUUCAUGCCUGAAUGCGUGGACGGCCUAGGAUUUAGGGUAACCACCUCUGCAGGCAUCUCCGGAGAGCCGGGUCCCCCACUCCAAGGAGAAAACGGGGAGUCUUCCCUCCUCGGACCCUAGCCCACGCCCUGGCGGCCCCACCCGGCCUGGACCGCUAGGCUCAGAGAUGCUGCAGCUCCGGGGGCGGGACCCGCAGGCGAUCGCUAGCGCCCCCCGCUCGGAUUGGGCGCGGCUGUGACCGGCGCCGCGAGAUUGGUCGAUUGCGAGGCAGGGGCGGAGCCUGGUUCCUGCAGCGGGGCUACAGGGGACGCGGCCAAAGCCCGGGAAGCUGCUGCGGGGGCGAUGGCCGCACCGAGCCCCGGGCCCCGCGAGGCGUUGGCCCCCUCCCCGGAGGCGGGACAAAGAGCAGCCACCUCCAGCUCCAGCCGCCGUCGUGGCCUCCUUUGGCGCCUCCGGGACAAGCAGACUCGCAUGGGGCUAUUUGAGAUUGGUCCAAGGCAUGAGCUCCAUGGGCUGACGAGUAUGAUGCAGGCAGGGCUGUGGGCUGCCACCCAGGUCUCCAUAGACCACCCACCCACGGGGCUGCCCACUCAGGAAGAUUUUUCCGAGGUCCUGACCCAGGUUCAUGAGGGCUUUGAGCUGGGCACCCUAGCUGGCCCGGCCUUUGCCCGGCUGCGUCGCUCCCUGGGCCUGGCAGAGGAGGACUAUCAGGCCGCACUGGGCCCUGGUGGCCCCUACCUGCAGUUCCUCAGCACCUCCAAAAGCAAGGCCAGCUUCUUCCUGUCCCAUGACCAGCGCUUCUUCCUCAAGACCCAGCGGCGCCGGGAGGUGCGGGUGCUGCUCGCCCACCUGCCCCGCUACGUGCAGCACCUGCAGCGACACCCGCACUCGCUGCUCGCGCGGUUGCUGGGAGUGCACAGUCUGCGGGUGGCCCAGGGAAAGAAGAAGUACUUCAUCAUCAUGCAGAGCGUCUUCUACCCCGCCGGCCGCAUCUCGGAGAGGUAUGACAUCAAGGGCUGUGAGGUGAGCCGCUGGGUGGAGCCAGCCCCUGAGGGUGGGCCCCUUGUCCUUGUGCUGAAGGACCUCAAUUUCCAGGGCAAGACCGUGAACCUGGGGCCGCAGCGGAGCUGGCUCCUCCGUCAGAUGGAACUGGACACCACCUUCCUCCGGGAGCUGCGAGUGCUGGACUACAGCCUCCUCCUGGCCUUCCAGCGUCUCCAUGAGGACGAGCAGGGCCAGGGUGGCAGCGUGAUCUUCCGCGUGGCCAGGUCUGUGCACGGGGCGCAGAUCCCAGAGGAGCCGGACUCCCAGAACCGCCGGCUGCUGCCCGACGGCCCCAACGCAUUGCACGUCCUGGAUGGGCCGGAGCACCGCUACUUCCUGGGCCUCGUGGACCUUGCCACGGUCUACGGGCUUCGCAAGCGGCUGGAGCAUUUAUGGAAGACGCUGCGUUACCCGGGUCGGACCUUCUCCACUGUUAGCCCGGCCCGCUACUCCCGGCGCCUCUGCCAGUGGGUCGAGGCGCACACCGAGUGAGCGGCGCCUGGCCUCUGUCUCCCCAUCUGGACAAUGGGCGCUUUUCAGGAACUCCCUUGCCCUCAGCGUCCGGACAACUCGCCUGCUGUUCCUACCCGCGGCCACCAGAGGACAGCGUCCUCUAAUCAAUGCUGUGACGAUGCUACCGCUGCCCGGUGUGGUGGAGGAGCAGUGCCCUGCGCCGACUGGAGGAUGCCCCGCAUUAGCACAUUUAAUCUUCGAAAUGCUAUUAUUCUCUUUUUACAGACCAUGAAGUGGAGGCUCGGGGGGUGAGGAAACUGAGCAUCAUCAUGCAGCCCGGAUGCUGGAUCAGGCUCCACCUUACCUGGUGGCCCCAAAAGUGUGUGUUCUUAAGCCCCUGGCUCCUCACGCUCUGGGUAGGCCAGGAUGAUGGAUGGCUCCAACGCUAGUCGUCCAGAUGGGGAAACUGAGGCCAGGAGACUCUGAGGGGCUUAUGCUCGGGUAAGUGGCAAGGCCCGGAGAACUCAAGCCUCCGGGCUCGCAGGGCCCCAGGGUCUCCGUCUGGAUGUGCCGCCCCGCCCCCCCCCCCAGU